AUGUCUUUCUUUCAUAUCGUAAUCGUAGCGGCUGUAGUUGCCGCCCUAGGGGCCGUAGCGUGGUUUGUGAUGCCAAAGGGCAAGAACCAAACUCUACUUCGAACGGCUGUACUGCUCACUCUCACCUGUUGUUACCUCAUGUGGGCAAUCACGUAUCUCGCUCAAUUACAUCCUCUCAUCAAACCUCGUAGAUCAGACUUACGAGCGGAAUAUUAG